GCCUGGGUACUGUAGUACAGUAGAAUGAAUACCUUUGCCUCUGCCUUGCCUUGACUUGCCUUGUCUGGCUUGCCUUGCCCUAUCCUGGGCCCUGCCCUUGCCAUGCCAUGCCAUGCUCUGCCCUGCCCUGCCCUGCCAUGCCAUGCUCUGACCCUCCGUUCCGCAUCACCGUCCACUGUGACCGUCUCUCUGGGCCUCAAUGCAAUGCCUGGCCUCCACCAUCCCAGCUUCCCCCGGACCCGUCUUCCGUUGCGAGCCCCUCAGAUCCCAGGGCCCCUCUCCGUCCUCGGCUUGUCGGGUCUCCGCUGGGCCAUCGACAGACUGAAUCUGUCUGUGUUCGAAUUUUCUCCCUCCCUCUGCCUCUCUCCUCCUCACACGGCCGCGCCCUAACCGUCCCGGUCGCAAUGUACCCUCUUUUUAUCCCCGGCCAGUCCUGACGUCGCUCCUUCUCCUGCUCCCGUUUCGACGCUUGCUCUUUCCAUGCCUCCUGCUUGUUGAUAUUGUACUGUACUCCGUACAUACGUUCCCUUGUGCACUAAACCCUACGCCCACACCCACACCCACACCCAUCACACAUCACACAUCACACACACAGCUCGGCGGGCUUGGAACAGCUUCGCCCCUGCCUAUACUGCUCUCUUCUUUCCGGAUUGUUGCAAAUACCUUACGGCGCCCUGUCGCAUGUCUUGCAUACCCUGCCCUUGUUCUGAUCUUCGACGAUCAUCUCGUCUCAUUAUUCUUCUGAACUUAAUCCAGCAACCUUAAACCAAGUAGGCAUCACUGAUCAGCACACCAAGAGGCGACCAGAUCGAGCACACUCGUCGAGCCCCACAUCAAGUCGAUACACAAACUCGACUGACUGUAGGCAGCGUUGGGGACAGACAUAUUGUCCGUGCAACCCAGGUUCUUACCAUUAAGGGUCCCCCGGUGCUCUCGUGGUGCCAGCCUAAUCCAAGGGACCGCGCCCACACGAGACAACUCCGAGGACACGAGUGACUACCUAGGUACUGCGUCCCGUCCCAUUAACAGGGCUUGCAUGCUUUGCUUUGGUACUCUUGUCUCGGUUCUACACCUAGGUCAAUCGUAGCUGUCCGUGCUCCUGGACUACCUGGGUCGGUCGCUGGCUAGGUGCGGAAGCUUGAUUAUAGCUCGACUACGAGACGAGUACUUCAUGCUCAGCCUCCCAAGUCCGGUCAACGUGGACUCGGCACCCGACGACUGGUAUAUCUCGACCGUCCCGAGGAAGCACCUCCGCCUCCCCUGCUCUUCCCCUCGUUCCCAUGUGAUGCUGUGAACUCGAGGCCCAGGGAGACCUUCGAAUGGCAUCGGCGUCAACAUCGAGCUAUGGAACCGGCGCCUAUGACAACAGAAGUGCAGUGGCGAGCAACAUGGACAUCAACAGUGUCAUCAGCAGUGACAGCGGCGAUCGUGGUGGAGGAUCCAGUCGAAGCAUGCACCAAGCCCCCAGCCUGGCCGAAGCCCCGCCAGGUAGCGGUCCUCGACCAGACGAGCCUCGCUCGAGCCAGUACAGCAUGCACGCAGCAAAUACAGCCAUGAGGAGCCCCAGCGCUGCCACUGUCGGCGACGAUGACGGCGGGGAUUUUGGGCCCGACAGGACACGAGAAGCUUUGCCUACCGGCCGGGCCCAGUCCGUGUCGCCGCCACGCCGGAUGGAGACGUAUUCAACUGCUUCUGCAGCCGACGAGAAUGCGAGCCAGUCGAGGGCUCCAUCUGCUGAGACGACGAGUAACGGCUACAACCUCCCCGGGUUCUCACCUACCAACCAGGCCUCCCAAGGGGUCUUCCCCGUCAGCGGUUCCGACUCCUCCCACAACAAACGAGCUAAUAGGAGACGCACCGGGCCGUUGACUCCCGAGCAGCGGCAGAGAGCGGCCAUAAUAAGGAGGAUGGGUGCUUGCGCGGACUGCCGAAGGCGACGUGUCGCUUGUAAUCCACUGCAUCACCAAUCGCGCGCGUCCUGGGAAGAACUCGAGAAGAAGUACAGAUCAAACAGCCAGGACCUCCAAGAACCUUUUGCCAUGAGUUCUGGUUUCCAGCCGGUCAACGGCAACAGCAACGGCAACUACACCCACGAGCCCCAAGGCAUGCAACUUGACCAGUCGCCUCCGAGUCAACAAACGGCCCACACAUCGCCUACCGAAGCUAACGGGAGGACAUCUAGAACCCCGUUGCCGUCCGGGCCUCGUCUGGAGCGUGCUGCCCAGGUGGCAGCAAUUUCCUUACCCGGCUCCGACGCGGCCAGACCGAGCCCACAAGGCCAGGCCUCGGAUAUAAUAGUCAAUCCCAAUCGCGGCCGAUACAGCGCUGUACAUGUCCUACUACUCAGGUGGGAGGACGAAGAGGACGUGGCAGUGAAGCAGAGUGUGGAAGAGUUACGAUCUGUUCUCGACAUCCACUACCACUAUACGGUGGAGAUGGAUGUUAUACCAGCUCAGGCUGACGAGCCCGAGUGGGUGUGUAGAAAGUUGUCGAGGAGGAUCGACCAAUUCAUGGGCACGAAUGACCACCGCGACGCCUUGAAGAUAUUCUAUUACAGCGGCCGCACGCAGCUGGACGUCAAUCGCGCCAUGGUUCUCACCAGUUCUACGCAGACAGGGCAACCCUGCGUUAUUCGAUGGGCCGCCGUCCAGCUCCAGCUUGAGCAGGCGGUUGCGGACACGAUCGUCAUCAUGGACUCGAAAUAUUUUGGUGUUCCCGGGUCCGCAAGACGCCAGGGCAUGAUAGAGUUCCUCGCGGCGGGAUCGUUCGAGCAGCAUCCAAGCGGCCAGCUGGGACGCCGGGCAUUCACACAUGCACUGAGCAAGGAGUUGCGGAGCCAGGCCGCGCGCAUGCCGCCCAUAUCUGCCGCCGACCUGCACGCGCGCCUCCUCGCCGUGUACCCCCAAGUCGUCCAGGAACUGGAACCCAGCCACGACUUCCUCCGCAGCAUGCCCACGCCGCAACAUGUGCAGAUCUCCGAAAGCAAAAUCCUGCCCUCGAUCCUCCUGGGACCGCUACGUCGCAGCAGGCCGCCCAGCGUCGAGAGCAAUGCGUCAUCUUCUACACCCGGGUCACAGGUCAGCCUUACCGUCCGUCUCGACAGGGAACCGGACAUGGAAACCUGGGCGGACUGGGUGCGUCUGAUGCCUGACGGGGUCAGGGACGUUAGGAUUGAGCGGCGCUGAGGUCAGCUGGUAGAUGUCUACAAUGUGGUUUCGCUUCUAUUCCGUAUACGUCCGAGGACAUACAUGGCGCCUUCAUACGGUGGUAAGCACUCAAGACCCAGCGCUUGGAAAGAAUACGAUGCCGAUAACAUGGCCUCAGCCUUGCGACGCACAGACAAGGCUAAGGGGCACCGUCUUGACGACGGCGUUGACGCCGCGAGGGAGUCAUAGAUGUCUACAAUGUUGGUCGGUCAUUGAUGGGCUUGUCCAGAGUCAUGUUUAAACUUGGCUCAGUCAGUGCACUCGGUUGUGUUUUAUGGGGUUGAAUUCAUUAUAUCAGGUCUGGUUCUUCUUUUUCUUGUCUUUUUGUUGUGGGUGCUCUUGCGGUUGUUGGGUCGACGAACAAGAUGGGGGAAGGGCCCAGCCACCAGGUUGGGAAAUAACCUUGGAGCACCAAAGGGCAAAGCGUGGGAGCAAGGAGUAUCAGGAUGCCAAGACUUAGGGUCGCAUGGAGUAUGGUACCUUCGAUGUAUACCAUUGUUGUCAAUAGGGAUUAAGGACUUCAGGAAGGGGUGGGAUAUUGCGUCCUUGGAAUAAACACGUCAGUUUUCCACCGUCGA